AUGGCAACAGUUCACGGGUUUAUCGCCACAAAAUCACAGUACAUACGCAAGUUGGCAAGCUGGAAGAUUGGAAAGAACGUUACUAAAACUGCCUGGAAAAAGGCCGCUGUGAUUAUAAAAAAGCGAAAAGACCGGGGCAAAGAGUCUGAAAUCUACAUUGAUGGGAAAUUGAUCCCUUCCAAGAAGAUGAAGAAGGAGAUAGCAAGACACGGGCCUUCUCUUCCAGAGUUUAUUGAGAUGUCAGCCCAUGAAAUAGAUCUCCCGGGAGAUUUUGUCGUCCAGACUCCACUCACGACAACGUUUCAUCCUCAUCGAUGGAAGAUGCAACUAGAUGGUCUUCCUUGGAUGAAGUUUCAGGAUGGUUUGAUGUCACAUCCAAUACUCUUCGCAGGGCCUGGUUUUGACAAUGGCCCAAUGAACCUUCUAACAAAUUUCCUCGUCCGAACCAGUACUUUUACAACAUUCGCCACUGCAUCCCGGACGGUUCAGCAACAUGAUAGAAUAUUACCGAUAAAACUAAGCAAGAUAGUCCCAACAACGGGGAACUCCAUGCAAGACGGAUCUUGGACUCGAUUCAUCCUCUAUUUUGCUUACCUCGCCUCGAAUAAUCUCCUCGAACGCCAACAGAUUGAAGACAUCCUUAAGUGGAUCGACAGCACAAAGAACGCCCAAGUAAUAAAAGCUCUCCUUCAAUUGAAGGGUCCAACAAUCGAAUCCUGUGCCUCUGCCCUGUUUUUGGGAGCUGUUUACAAUGGGCUAGCUAGUAUAGUUCGACUUUUCCUCUUGAAUGGGUAUGACCCAAAUACGCGAACCCAUCAUCCCUACCGCUCCUCUGGAUCCACUGCGCUGGAGAUUGCGAUCACAAUGAGAAAUAUCUUAGUGAUGAAACUCCUCUUGAAACAUGGAGCCGAUCCAAACAAUCAUGGAGAUCGUUCACUUCACCCUGCCCGCAAGAAUGGAGACGAUGCCAACGAUAGCCUUUGCAUUGUGAGUCACCGAAGCUUGUUAGCCCGCUAUAUUGACAGCGAUUGUGACGAGGAUAUUAUCCAAUUGUUACUUGAUGCUGGGGCAAACAUCGAUGGUGAAUCAACUGGGUCAGUCAUUAUUGGCGAUGACGAGGAACAUUAUUAUCGUUUCCUUGAUGAUGACGAGGAAGAUGAUGAUUUCAGUGACUAUGAUGAUUUCUGUGACGAUGAUGAUUUCUGUGACGAUGAAGGUUUCAUUGGCGAUGACGGUGGUCCCAAGGGUGUACCGCUUGUGAAAGCCGUUUACGGGCGUAAUACCCAAGUAGCACGAUUCCUGCUCGGGGCAGGCGCGAAUGCAAAUCAAAUCGAUAGAAAGGUGGGAUCGGCGAUUCAAACUGCCGUCAAGAAUGGUCACAUGGAUAUGGUCGAGCUGUUAGUCGAGGCUGGGGCUGAUGUCAACCUCAACAAGGAACGGUAUAGCCACGCAUGGAGUUUCUGUGGCCUAGGACGUAUCCCGAGGAAGCUAUUUUCUCCGCUUCAGUUAGCGGCACGAGCCAAAAACUCUGAAAUGAUCCAGUUUUUGCUUCGGGAAGGGGCUGAUACGAAUGAUCUUCCCGCUCUUGGCAUCAUUGAGAGGCCUCCCUAUGCAACACAUCUCCGAUCCGGGGAGUAUGAGGCCCCGUUGAAUUAUGUUGUUCUUGGUGGCAGCCUGCACAUGGCCGUGCUACUCCUGAACUCGGGCGCAAACCCUGACGCCGUUUCCUUUCAAGGACAUACAGCGUUUGGGAAUGCGUGUAGGAAAGAAAACUUAGAUAUGGUGAAGCUGCUCCUGGCCUAUGGAGCUGCACCUCAGCAUAACUUAGGCCCAGAACUUGGGAGCACAGCACUACAGCUUGCAAUUCUCCACAAGGAUCUGAUAUUGGCCGACAAUUUGCUUCAAAGAGGAGCAGAUAUCAAUGCUCCCCCGUACUUAAAAGGAGGGAGAACCGCAUUGCAGGCUGCAGCAGAAAUCGGAAAUGUCUCGCUCUUCAAACGUCUUCUUGACCUGGGUGCAAACAUCAACGCGCCUGCCGCUGCCGAGAAAGGUGUGACAUGUCUGCAGGCUGCCAUGCUUUCGGACAAUGAUGAGAUCAUCACCACGAUCUUGAAUCAUGGAGGAGUUGUAACGGUGAAUUACAUAUUAUGCGCCGUCAAGACACAUUCUUUCAAGAUGGUAGACCUUCUGAUGGGGCUGGGCACGGAUGUGAACUCGACCGGCAUCGCUGAUUUAGGUCCAGGCCUCGGGCGUCGUCUUGUAACACCGCUUGUCUUGGCUAUAUACAACAAGGAUUUCGAUAUGGUCGAUAAGCUUCUAUGUUCAGGGGCCAACGUGUCCCACAUAUACUGUGAAUCUGAAGCAAUUUUGCCUUUGCACCAGGCUAUUCGUGCCCGCGAUCUGCGUAUCACGAAAAUAUUGCUACUAUUUGGAGCAGAUCCAAACCAGUUCGAACCACAUUCUGGACUGACCAGCCUUGUCUUGGCCACAAGUCUCCGUCUUACUGGCCGGGGGGAUUUCCCACUCUCUCAGCGGCGGCAUGGCCUCAAUGAGUCGCUGACCGUCAUCGUUCGUGAGCUGAUAGAUCACCACGCGAAAGUUAACCUGAUGGCUAAAGGGAUAUACCCAAUCGAAAACGUGAUGAUGAGCGACGAAGUAAUGAAGAUGCUUAUCGAGGCUGGAGCUGACAUUCACGUCAAGGAGGGCAGUCUGUUAGCAAAAGCCAUCUGUUGGGGCUCCGGUGCGACUAGAUUGUUGCUCGACAACGAUGUCAAUGUAAAUGGCCAAGACAAACAAUGCGGAACGCCACUCAAAGCCGCCACCAAGGUCGGCAAUCUUGAUUUGGUUUUAGAGUUGUUCGCAAGGGGCGCCGAUGUUAAUGCAGGUCUCAACAACCUUCUUGCUUGCGCUGUCGAUUUGCAACAGCUACGCAUCGUCGAGCUCUUGCUUGAAAGAAAUGCUGACCCGAAUGGCAUAAGCUUGCCGAAGCAGGAUUGGUGUUGCCAUGGACGUAAAAGGCCGGAUCGCUAUGAAGAUCCCUAUGUAGGCAACAGGACAGCGUUAGUGGCCGCGGCUGAGCAAAACAAUUUUGAUCUUGUCAAGGCUCUGAUUGAACGAGGAGCGAACGUGGAAGCAGACAACGCGCCAAGGGGAUCAACUCCAAUCCAGGCCGCAUCAAUGAACAACAACUUAUCGAUGGUGCAGAUGUUGCUUGCGAAUGGCGCAGAUGUAAAUGCCAAGCCGAGAGGCCCCAUCAUAGAUAGAUCCCCAUUGUCGAGAGGCUGGGAGUUUGGUCUUAGGACUGCGCUUCAAGCUGCGAGCGAGAAUCGGAAUUUACAAUUGGCUCAGCUUCUGAUUGAAAAAGGCGCAAAAGUCAACAUGAGACCUUAUGAGAACGGUGGAGCAUCGGCACUUCAGUUUGCAGCAAUCAAUGGGGACAUCCAAAUGGCUCUACUCCUUCUUGAGCAUGGGGCAGACAUCAAUGGCCCUGGGGCUUCUCACAAAGGCCGAACAGCCCUUGAGGGAGCGGCAGAGCAUGGCCGGCUCGACAUGGUUUACUUGCUGUUACAGAAUGAUCAGGAUGAGACAGGUCUUGAAGCGAGGUGUGAAAAGGCUGCCAAAUAUGCUGAGAAGGAAGGCCAUUCAACCAUUGCGAAAAUCCUAAGAGAAUGGAGACAGCAAUGA